AUGCGCCCAUUCAAGCGGUUUUUUGUGACCUCCAAUUCUAUUGUAUGUGGCUACCUAGUUCUUUUACUUGCCCUGUCAUUCUUCCACAUAGUAAGGACUUCUGCAGUGAAAAGUAGGAUUCUCCUGUGUAACAAUAGCACCAAAGAUUUAUUCAUUUAUGUUGCGCACUGUGACAACCCAAAUGCCAAUUGGUUUCCUUUCUGUGGACAAUACAACAACUUCUAUGAACGUAUUUCUGGUUCACUGAUUGGCUCUUUCAUUGCAGUAGUUCUGUUCAUGAUUCUUAUUCUCAUGUCAUCAAUAUCAAUAAGCAGGCAUUGA